UAUCCAGUUUAUGGACCUCUUUGAGCAGUCUUGCGUCUUGGGGGAAGAAUCAGGACGUACGGAUAUUGAUGCUCGGAUUGGACUCGGCGGGAAAGACGACGAUUCUGUAUAGGCUACAGAUAGGAGAGGUGGUAGCGACUAUACCGACAAUUGGGUUCAACGUCGAGACAGUUCAAUUUAAGAACAUCAAGUUUCAGGUGUGGGAUCUUGGAGGUCAAUCGAGUAUUCGGCCAUACUGGCGGUGUUACUUUGCGAACACGAAAGCUAUCAUAUACGUAAUUGACAGCUCAGACCAUGCCCGAUUGCCGACGUCUCGGGCGGAGCUUCUCACUCUUCUGUCAGAAGAGGAGCUUAAAGGAGUACCAUUGCUGAUCUUUUCCAACAAGCAGGAUAUGGAGGGUGCCUUGACACCCGGAAAGAUGAGUGACGCCCUUGGUUUGGAUGGUGAGAAGGGGAGGGAAUGGAGCAUAAGGGGGAGCUGUGCGAUAAAGGGAGAUGGUCUGGAGGAGGGACUUGACUGGCUCGUCACUACCAUCCAGAAGAAAUGAUCGGAAACUUUGUUACCCUUCGUGCAUCUCCCCAUAAUAUUCACUCUUUGCGGGUCUCACCAUACAAUCGUCGAAGCCCUUCUUGCAUCGCAUCGAUAUACGUCAUCUUUUUUACCAUCGGUGAUAUUUCAUCCUCAUGCUUACCGACCGCUCAACCACAUCAACAUGUACUUUUGAUCCGUUUUUGGUUAUGAUGUUAUCGAAGAC